CCAGUUCAUAGUUCACAGCCUUCCCUGAGGCACUUGUUAAGAAUUUCUGCAGAAGUCCUCUGCCUUUAAGUGGGCCCGCAUGACGUCGCUCAGCAUUGAACUGUAGAAGCGGGCUCCAAAGCUGCACACAAAAACAAGAGGGACGCGGGAAAACAGCGUGGAAGUUCAAAAAACGCCCCCAGCAACAAUGCUUCUCAGGGUAAAACACUCAGCCCAGCGUCUGAAUAACUGCGCUCCUGUCCUGCGGAAGAAGACACUCGGGAGGUUUGCUUGGACUCUCUGUGCAGCAGCAAAGCGAAAUGCAGGUGAAACAUCUGGGAGUUUUAAGUCGCACUUCCCCACGCAGUGCUGCAGAAAGCAUGCGUCUGAUGCUGCGUACAGCCGAGUCUUCGCGGCGGCCAGGGACAACCCUGAAAAGUUUUGGGCUGACGUGGGGCGCGACAUAAACUGGUUUGAGCCGUGGAGUAAAACUCUGCACGUUGAGGAUCCGGUGUUCCCAAACUGGUUUGUCGGCGGAAAGCUAAACAUGUGCUACAAUGCCGUCGAUCGACACGUAGAAGGCGGCCGUGCACAGCAGCCUGCGAUCAUAUACGACAGCCCGGUGACCGGAACUAAACAGAUCAUCACUUUCAGGGAACUUCAGGACCAGGUGUCCAGGUUAGCAGGAGUCUUGGUGAAGAAUGGGGUACAGAAAGGAGACCUUGUUGUCAUCUACAUGCCCAUGGUGCCACAGGCCAUGUUCACCAUGUUGGCCUGUGCACGGAUCGGUGCCCCACACAGCCUCAUUUUUGGCGGCUUCGCCUCUAAAGAGCUGUCUGUCCGCAUCAAUCACGCUAAGCCCAAGCUGUUGGUUACAGCCUCAUUUGGCAUCGAGCCAGGCAGAAGAGUGGAGUACAUCCCUCUGGUGAAGAAGGCCCUGGAGAUGAGCUCUCACAGGCCCACGAAAGUCCUCAUCUACAACAGGCCGAGCAUGGAAAGGGUAUCGAUGAGUCGCGAGUUGAGCCUGGACUGGGAUGAAGAGAUGGCCACUGCUAGGCCACAUGACUGUGCCUCUUUGCCCUCCAACCAUCCGUUGUAUGUACUCUAUACAUCUGGGACCACUGGGACGCCAAAGGGUGUUGUGCGAGACACUGCAGGCUAUGCUGUGAUGCUGAAAUGGACCAUGUCAAAUAUUUAUGGACUCAGUCCCGGAGAAGUUUGGUGGGCAGCUUCAGACCUAGGCUGGGUGGUUGGCCAUUCUUAUAUCUGCUAUGGUCCUUUGCUACACGGUAACGGCACUGUUCUCUAUGAGGGAAAACCUGUAGGGACUCCAGACUCCGGGGCCUUCUUCCGUGUCUUGUCUGAACAUGGAGUCUCUUCAAUGUUCACAGCGCCCACUGCUAUGCGUGCUAUCCGCCAGCAGGACCCCCAAGCUACAAUUGGAAAAAAAUAUCCACUGACCAGGUUGAGGUCAUUAUUCGUGGCAGGAGAGCGAUGUGAUGUGGAGACCCUGCAAUGGGCAAAAAGGAACUUUGGAGUUCCUGUUCUGGAUCACUGGUGGCAAACUGAAACUGGCUCAGCUAUUACUUCCAGUUGUAUCGGUCUGGGAAACUCACUCACGCCACCUGCAGGCCAAGCUGGCAAACCGGUUCCAGGUUACAAUGUCACAGUGAUCGAUGAUAACAUGCAGGAGGUGAAGCCAAGAAGCCUGGGAAAUAUUGUGGUGAGAUUGCCUUUACCACCUGGGGCAGCAUUGUCUUUAUGGCAGAAUCAAGAUCUGUUCAAGAAACUCUACUUCACAAAGUUUCCAGGAUUCUACGACACCAUGGAUGCUGGUUUUAUGGAUGAGGAGGGCUUCCUUUACGUCAUGUCCCGGUCUGAUGAUGUCAUCAACGUGGCAGGCCACAGGCUCUCUGCUGGAGCACUGGAGGAGUCAGUGCUGCAGCACGCUGCAGUGGGAGACUGUGCUGUGGUAGGGCAAGAAGACUCUCUGAAGGGUCAUGUUCCUUUGGCUCUGUGUGUGCUCAAGAAUGGUGUGCAGAAAACUGAAGAGGAGAUCGUGAAUGAGAUUGUGAAACUUGUGAGAGACACCGUCGGUCCAGUGGCUGCCUUUAAGAAAGUGCUCUUUGUCCGUGGGUUGCCAAAGACACGUUCUGGAAAGAUUCCUCGCUCCUCUUUAUCCAAUCUGGUCAAUGGCAAGCCCUACAAGAUCUCUCCAACUAUUGAGGACCCGGAGGUGUUUAAAGACAUCGAGAAGCAAAUAGAGAGAGCGUCCAGACACUGUGCAGCCUGAGUUCAUCAGUGGGAUGCCAACAGGACAGUCUGAGCAGUUUCUGGCAACACAAAAGUCACUCCAUUAAUAAUAAGUGUGCAAAAAUGCUCAUGCUACGCACAAAGUGCUGCAAAUGUGAGCACAAUUUCUCAGUGAAAUAAGAAACUUUUCUUGUUUUCUAAAUUAAGAAAAGGUAGACAUUGAUGUCUAGCCUUUGGAAACCAGUCCAGAUCCACACAAGUGGAUUCAUAUUUCUAUUUUGAAUGGAUCAUACAGUUAGAUCUAGAAAUAACUGAAUAAUCAUUUUUAUGAUUCUGGCUAUCAGUCAUGAAACAAAAGUAAUGCAACUAAAGUGCAGACCUGUGUGUUUAAUGCAAGGGAGUGAACAAAAACGUCAUAUGAAGCAUUUAGCAUUUGUUAAUGUAGUCACUUUAUGUUACUAACAAAGGCUAAAUCCAAAUGAAUGAACAGCUUUAGCUGGAACGGCGUGUUGUUUGUUCUCGUUUUGAUUUUUGGAUACAUUUUGGCUGCCGAGUUGGCAUUUUGUGGUGCUUUUUCUCACAAAGGCAUCACAAAAAGGGGAGCAAUACCAUAAAAGGGGGAAAUAAUUUUUACUACAGAACAAAAAGUAAAUGACACACACACAAAACAACAGCUUGUAAACAAGCCCCCUAUACUGCUACUAUAUGUGUAUGUAAUUUUUUUUUUAAAGUCCGUCCAAUUAACGCACUUUCAGGCUGUGAGAUCGAACUGAAUGACUAACCCUGUGUUAUCAGAAUCAAAUUAUUAACAUUUUGAUGAAUGUUAUUAUAGUUAAAACUACAACUAGAGGUGAAAAAGUUGACUGAAAUUCAAAGCUAGACUUUUGAAAAAAUAAAAGCUGAAAUGAUUGUGAACAAAAACAUACAAAUUUUCCUAAAUCUUGCCCUGAGGAUAUGCCCUCCAUACAAAUUUAACACUGAAACUAAUAGAAAUUAACCUAAAACUAAACAUUUUCAAACAAUACAAAUUAAAUGAGAAAACCCAAACUAACUGGAAAUCGAAAACAAUUCAUGCAAAACAGGGUUACAUUACAGAAUACAGGUGCCAUAUUCAUUAUAACAUAAAAUUGUUCUGCCCUUUGUAUAUGUAUUGAAAACAACAUAAUAAUAAUGUGAAUGCAAAGUAUGGCUUUGUUAUUCAUGAAAAAUAAUGAAGACUCAUUGACAGUAUUUUUCUUUUUUUUUCUUUUUUUAUUGACAAUGAAAAUUUGUUUGCUCACCACUGUUUCGACCAAAGUACAAGAAGUAGUAAAUAAAAAAAAAUUUAAAAAAAA